AUGCGACAUGCCCGGCGUGAUAAAUUACUUCUGGGUGAUGUCAUUGCACCACACACCGCCAUGUAUGUUGGCUCUUUGGGGGUGAGGAUUCUCCCCAGCAGCCUGAUCCACGCUGGCAAAUCGGAGCCCCGAAACUGGUGCAAUGCAUCCCUUCUGGGUGAUGUCAUCAUGCUGCGCACUCAGAAGAAAAAGUCUCCUGCUGGCGGCCAGUGGAGACUCAGCAACCCUAGUAAAGCUUGUUGUGCCAAGGUUCCAGAAGCCGGUGUUGCCAACAAUCAGGAGACCAACAACACCAGUGACCCAUGGACAACAACAACGGAAGCUUUCCUCCAGUCCAGACAUGUGAACAUACAGCUGGAAGAACAACUUCGCUGUCUCCUUACAGAAGAGGACAACAUCAGAGCAAAGAACAGGGAUUUACAGAGAAAUUUGAUGGCCAUGAGGGCUGAACUCAGAAGGAUAAAAAAGGUUGAGAAAAGAACUGUUUUCUUAGAGGCAGAAAUCCAAGCAGGAAGAAAAAAACUGGAAGAAGAACAGGCAUCUACAUCAUUGAAGGAACAGUACCUUCAAAACCUGUGCGCGGCUUUAACCGAAUCGCAGAAGAUCAUUCAGCAGGAAUACCUGGGGCUCAACUGUCAUGUCAAUAAGUUACGGAGACAGAUUCAGGAAUGCAAACUAUCCUGUGCUGAGAAAGAUGAAGUUUUAACAAAGAUGGAACAUGAGAGUCAGAAGGUAGAGGAGUGCAUUAAGGAAUACGAAGAGACAAUACAGGUUCUUGAGGACAGACAACAAGCCUGGAAGGAUAAGUUGUCAGGCUUUGCAGAAAAGAAGCUUCAACAGAUCCAGUUCUCCAACAGCAACUUGAACAUCAACCCGUGGAGCCUGAUGAACGAAAUAGUCAACGCUGAACUGGGUGAAGAGAUCCUGGCUAUUUGUGUGGUGGCUUACUGGCGUCCUCCUAGCCGUUCUGCUGGCUUCUCUGCUAAUUUUCCUCCUCCUCCUCAAUUUUGCCAUCUCCGAUGA